UUUAUGUAACGUAAUGGUGUCACAGUAACCCAGCUUUGUGGCUGUGAAGACUUCCUUGCGGGAGUUAAAUGCGGACACGGACCACUUUCAAGGCUAUUAAUGCAUAAAUAUUCUGUCGCCGUUGAUGUCGCGGUUCACGGACUUUGGAGCUGUGGAGAAGACGUCGCAUUGAACUCGGAACUCAGAAGUUUUUUUUUUUUAUUCAGCCAAAAGGGAAGACGUUAUAUGUCCCAAACCAAAGACUAAGUUAUGGCUAAAAAAAUGAUAAAGUCAACGGAUAAAUUUUAUACGAAAAGGAAAAUUUGUUAGGUGAGCACUUGAGAGCUAAAUUAGAAGUAACAUCGGUUUGACAAGACAGAAAUCGGUCGGGUUCGAUCAGGUGUUAUCAAAGAAGGGACAUUAACUGUGUCGCUAGCUGUCAGUGUGUUAUUUAAAUGCUUCAUGCAAUACCAUUACUCAAGAAGAGCUCUGCCGUCCUCGUUGCUUUGACGACAAAGCGACACUUCUUUCCGUGAGGCCGCUGUUCUAGUGACAUAACCCAGUCAUCAUGGAUCUGCUGGAGUGUCCGCUCUGUCUCUUCCUCAUGUGCGAGCCGGUGACCAUGUCGUGCGGCCACACGUUCUGCAGGAGAUGCUUAGGCGGUUGCCUCCCGUCCAAAUGCCCGCUGUGCAAGGAGAGGUUAAAACAAAGAGAGGUUAAAAGCAUGAAAAACAACGUUUUGCUCAUCAGUGUCGUUGAAAAGUGCUGCCCCGUCGAGACAAAGAUGAUGUGCCAUAUGCUGGAGAAGCUCAAAGCCAGCGAGUUCACAGAAGCUUUACGCAUCGCAAAUGAGCGGCUCGACUUAGUUCCAGAUGAUCAGAGUCUGAGGAUGUGCAGAGCUGAAGCUUACUGCGGACUUCUGCAUUUUUCUGAUGCUCUGACAGACCUUGAUUACCUCUGCUGUUUUCGUCCUAACUGGGCUGAGGGCUUCUUUCGUAAAGGGAAUGUACUCCUGGAAAUGGGUCAGCAGACAGAAGCCCUCAUCCAGUUCCAUCAUUGCCUCAAUCUACAAGCUGAUUUUGUUCCUGCAAAGAGCCAGAUCAAGAAGAUCCUGGAGGCAGAGGGCAUGACAGUGCCGGACGAGGUGUCCUGCAUCUUGCAAGUGGUGUCUGAGUACCUGAAAGAACCCUUCCCCAUUAAAAGUCUGAGUGACUCUCAGGGCCCAGCUCAUCCUGAGAGCCUCAAGUAUCCACAUGAGGAUGAGGGAGAUGGGAAACGGAGGAGAGAGACACACCAGGACUCGAAGGUGAAGCGUGACUCAGGCACUGAAUGCUGUCUCAGACUCUGCCAAGCUGUUUCCUUCCUCCCUGGUGCCGAAGAGGACGAGGAGAUGAUGAUGAGGAAGGACGAUGGGAACGGCAGGGGUGAAAGCAAUAAGUGCAGAGAAAAAACUCUGAGUGUUCUCACUGUGUCAGACUUUGAAUGCCCUCUCUGCAUUAGGUUGUUUUUUGAGCCAGUCACUACCCCCUGUGGCCACACAUUCUGUAAAAACUGCAUAGAGAGGAGCCUGGACCACAACCUUCGCUGUCCACUCUGCAAACAGCCACUACAAGAGUACUUUAAAAACAGGAAGUACAAUCCCACUGUUAUGCUUCAGGACAUCAUGAACCGACUUUUUCCCUCACAGCUGGCUGAGAGGAAACAGGUCCAUGACGCUGAGAUGGCAGAACUCUCCAAUCUUACUAAGGACAUCCCUAUAUUUGUUUGCACGGUGGCCUACCCUGGAGUGCCCUGCCCUCUCCACAUCUUUGAGCCUCGAUAUCGGCUGAUGAUGCGUCGCUGCAUGGAGACUGGCACCAAGAAGUUUGGAAUGUGCAGCUAUGAGCAUGGGAAGGGGUUUGCCGACUAUGGCUGCAUUUUGGAGAUCCUCACUCUGGAGCUGCUGCCUGAUGGACGAUCCUACGUGGACACAGUAGGUGGCAGCAGAUUCAGGGUGCUUAAGAGAGGCCAGAGAGAUGGUUACCACACCGCUGACAUAGAAUACCUGGAGGACCUAAAGGUUGAUGGUCGUGAGCUGGAGCUCUUGCAGCAUCUCCAUGACAGUGUUUACCAGCAGGCUCAGGACUGGUACCAGCGCCUCGGCAGCCGCAUUCGAGAGCAGAUCAACAGACAGUAUGGUACCAUGCCAGAUAAGGAAGAAAACAUUCAGGCCUCGUGCAAUGGUCCAGCUUGGUGCUGGUGGCUGCUGUCUGUCCUCCAGCUGGACCCUGCCUAUCAAACCACUGUCCUGUCCCUGACCUCACUCAAAGACCGCCUGGGACACCUCCGCCUCGUCCUCGAGUACUUUUCUCAGAGUUAGACCUCACGGCCUAGUGGUAUUGUGGCCACACCUUGCUGAGAGUCCAAUCUUGCACACAUUUGGACACAUUUAUGAAAGGAGUGAAAUCCACAGAGACCACAGAUGUUUGAUUUUUUGGAUUGAAUAAUGUGGGAGAGACUAAAUCACACAAUCACACACUAUAAAAAUCACACCUUUAGGCCAAAUCAUCUGAUCACUAGCAGAAAGAUUUAGUGAAUGAUUUGUUGCAGUUGUGCAGAGUUGGCUUUUUGCUGUUUGAGUUUGCAUAUGGUAUCUUUCUUUCACCAUUUUCUUCCCUGGAAAUUCAAGGUUUCAGAGUAGAUUCAAAACAGAGUCGACCAAAGAUGCUUCUCUUGUAGGUUCAUCAAAUGUGGUAACCUAAUAUUUAGCUGAGUCAGUUCAUUUACCCUAUUAUAUUGCUGAAAUUAGGCACUAGGGGUCACUAUUCACUACAUUCAGUUUUACACAUGAAGAACAUUCAUCAGUAUCAGCCAAGUUAGCACUAUACUGUACUAUCAUGAAUAUCCUAUUCAAAUCAGACUGUGCAUUAACAUAGCUUAGCUUGGAUUGAGAACAAAAAAAUAUUAAAAAUAUUAAAAGCACACAUAGUUUGUAGAGAAUCUGCCAGGACUAUGCACACCAGAGGAUUAAAGUUCAUGAGUUGCAGAUAAUAAUUUCUGAGUUGUUUGGAUUUUGCUGAAGGGCACCUCUUGCAGUGCUUACAUUUCAGUUGCGUCUGUUGGCCUUAGCAGUUGUUGACUAUGGCUCAUUUUAUACCAUUUAAUAACCUUAGGGAAAACCUUAAUAUUAGUAAAUAUUGCAGUAAUAAUUUGUAGUGUCACAUGGAAUGGCAGCCUUUUUAGGAUUUGUUGCUGUCUCUGGAUGCUGUUUGUUAUCAUCUAGUGGGAAAAAGUCUUCUGUGAAAUUCUGACAAUGAUGAGAUGCAGUCAGUGAAUGGUAGCUUUGUAUUACACAUGAACCCUGUGUGACCAUGCAUGUUGAUGGCCGGGUGGGGAUGCAGCACUUAACAAUGUGCGUCAUCUGUAAAUACGGAGUCAUUUUUUGCCAGUGGAAUUACACAUGGCGUGGCGUGGUCUCGUCCACUCCCUCGAGGUGCAGUGAAGCAUCAGCCCAGACGACAUCUACAUUUGUUGCAGGGGACAAACUGUAAAAUACUGAAGCUAGCACCUGAUCAGUGCUAAGACCCCCCUUCCCCCGUGGUGCCUCUCUGUGGGUCGCAUCACCUAUGCCUGGCCCCUAAUGUGUCUCUCUCUCUCUCUCCCUCCUCUCUCUCUCUCUCUCUCUCUGGCCUGUAUACCACCAGUCUUAGUGCCUUUGAGAGCCUGGGCCAGCUCACCAGAAGACCUGCAAAUCAUAGAGUCUCAACACAAAACUGGGGAGGGACUGUAUGAUUUUUGCCAUUGAUUUUUAAUGAUAUAUAUAGUACUACAUUCCAUGGAAUGUUGAAGCUGCAAUGUCACAUAUAGUUAAAUUUGCUAACAAAUACGGGCUUAACUGGGUGAAACAAAAGAGCUUGUGAAUUGUUUUUCUACUUUGAUAAAUGUGCCAUAGACACUUGUAUGUUUUGUGUGAUAUGGAAGUGGUUAGCUAAAUAGUUGCUGUCUUUAUGUAUGUCAUGGACUCUCAAGUUAAUCUUUACUUAAGUUUUCAACCCUCAUGCCUUUUAUUUGGUGGACGGUGAACUACCAUGUCUUCAUGGCGAACAUAUCGUUAAACACUGACAAUUAAUCCGGCAAAAUACAAAGCAGAUGUUGAUGCUGUAGGUAAAGCUUAGAAUUAAAGGGAUAAGGAUGACACUCCUUAUGCGCAAACAAGUCCCACUAAAGGACAAAUUUAUGGACUGAUGGAUAAUGGGACUGCACUGGUCACCUGAUUAAUAGGCACUGAACUCCGACAUGGGAACUAACCCUUUACUUGAGGGGAAAAAACACUGUUUUCAUUUCUUAAAAUGGGUCAUUGGGGUCUGUUAGUAUUGUGAAGUUUGUUUUUUUCUGUUUUGUUUGUGUUUUUUUUUUUUUUUUUUAAUGCCAUCUGGGAUUGAAUUUGGAGUCAAAGACUUGAAUGUGCCAGUUUUUUACAGCAUGUCUCCAAAGCUAGUAGUAUUGGUUUUACUGAAACAUGCAUCAUAAAGGUGGUUUUCUUCAGGCAUGAUUAAAGCUCAGUUAACACAACAAAAAGGGACUGAGAUUCUUGUAGAAUUUUUGACCUGCCUCAUAAGCCUGUGUGAUAAACACAUGGUACAAUACCGCUGAGGUGAUUUUCACUCCCCUGUUCUACUUUUUGUCAGAGGAGACCAACAUUUUUUGUGCAAAUUAUUAUUCUUAUUUUCUUAUGCUCAGCUCACAUGUUUCCUCUUUCUCAAAUCAUCUACAUUUGUGUGUCACUUGUAUUAAUAAAAGAUGCCAUCUUUCAUUGAAUAAUAUUCUGUUUAAAACAUUUCUUCAUGAGUGUGAUUUACUUCAUGAUUAAAUGUUAAAUAAAUGAUUGCACCCCUGUA